AUGAGUCGUCUUUUAGAACUCCCUGUCGAAGUUCUCCUGAUCGUCUAUGGGAGCCUAGAAACCAUUAAAGAUGCAGGUCGCCUGUCGCAAUGCUGCAGGAAAUUGUACCGUUUAUUCAAUGACCCAAAAACCCAGCAACGGAUUCUGAUGUCUAUAGUCAUUGAUAACAACCUACCACUACCCAAGAGCCCAGAUACCGCCUGGCUCCGGGCCCACUUUGCUCCAGACUGGUUUUGGAAACCUACAGAAUCGCAGCUACCUAACAAUCUGGUUCACACAAAGACGCGGGAAUUUCUCACAACCACUGGCAUCCCUGCUGUCAUUUGUCCAAUAAAUGAAUGGAAUUCUUCUUUCCUUAAAGACAAUGGGAAUGUGGAUGCAGAGCUGUACGCCUGGGAUGCUGAUUCAAUCUUUGGCCGCCGCUGGGCGGAUGACGAUUCUCCGCCCGUCAACUUUUGUUAUUGUAUUGGCCAGCUCAAUGACGCGAUGGCAAUGCUUGAUGCUGAGAAUGGAAUGAUUCUCCACUUUGACCAGGGUGGUUAUGGUGAAUCUGCCGACAGGGGUAUCAUUGCGGAUUCGGUGCCUUCACUUCUGGUGCUACUGGGGACGGUGGAGGUGACUGUGGCUCGGAUGGGCAAAAUGUCAUCGAAUUUGAACUGCGUGGCAUUUGAUAAGUAUAAUGAUAUGCGACUCUUUGUUUUAGCUGCUUUGAGGGAGAUCAUGUCAGAAUAUGAUGACUGCGCGGAAGAAGGCUCGGUGUUCUGGAAUGCAAUUUUUGAUACCUGUGUAGAAUAUUAA